CAGCAGCCGCCACUCGCCGCCGCCGGCCUCGUCCGCCCGCUCCUGCCCCGGCCAUGGGGAGGCGCCGCCGGGCCCGGGAGCCUCCCGCCCGCCUGGUGCUGCUGGCGCUGGCGCUGGCCUCCGGCUCGGCGUUGCUGCUGGCCUCGCUCAGCCUCCUGCUGGCCGCCUGGCCCCGAUCCAGCGCCCGCGCCGCCCAGCAAGAAGCGCCGCCCGCCGCCGCCGCGGUGCCACAGGAGCUGCUGUCCGAGGAUGACGCCGAAGAGCUGGACCCGGUGGUGCUGUCUACCGGCUGGAGCAGCCAAGGCAAGUUCCUGCACCAUUUUGCCCAGCAGGGGGCGCUGCGGCAGAGGAGACAGGCCGCCAAAGGCAAGCGCUCCCGGCCUCGGAGACCCAGCACCGUCUCAGCUGCGCACUACGAAGUGCAGCCGACCGAAGGACGGGCUGGGAUCCAGGCAGAUGCCGACGGGACCAUCCGCGGGUGGGUGGAAGCUAAACUCAACACGACGAGCCCCCUCCGUUACGACAGCAGCCGGGGCGAGUUCACGGUGGCCAAGAGGGGCCUGUAUUACCUGUACUGCCAGGUCCAUUUCAACGAAGGGAAGACGAUCUACAUGAAGCUGGACAUCAUGUUAGACGGAGAGCUGGCCCUGCGCUGCCUGGAGCAGUUCCCCCCCACCAGCUCGGGACCCCAGGACCCCGAACUUCGCGUCUGCCAGGUCUCCGGCCUGGUCCUGCUCCGGCCCGACGAGUCCAUCCGGGUCCGCACCAUUGCCAACGUCCGCCUCAAGGCUGACCGUUACCUCACCUACUUCGGUCUCUUCCAAGUCCACUGAGACGAAGGGCGCUGGGGAUCCGUCGAGAGGGAGGAGCUGGAUGGCGCGACUGCGCCCUUUGGGGAGCUGGAUGUGGGGGGUUCAGAGAAGAGGGGGGCAGGAGCCACUACGGACUCGAUUCUUGCAUUGCAGGGGGCUGGACUGGAUGACCCUCGGGGUCCCUUCCACUUCUACGGUUCUAGGACUCCCUGCAUUCAGUAUUGCGGCCUUCCCGGCUCCCAGGUGCACCAGAUCGGACCAGCGCCGAUGAUUCGUUCCCCCUCCGCUUCCAAUCUUGAACUUCCCGUUUUGGUCCCGCUAAAGACGCCUUGGUCCAUUUUUUUGUGGCGGGGAAAGGUUGCCAUGGCCCCUCCGUGUUCUUGCUCCGCUGCAGCCAGAAGCCGCCUUGCCACCCAAUCUCAGGCUUGGGAUCCCGUUGUGGGCCUCAGCCCUUGCGAUUUGUGAUUCCUGUGUUGCAUUGCAGGGGGUUGGACUGGAUGACCCUCGGGGCCCCUUCCAACAAUGAAAAACAGAAGCCACAAACCAAAAAGAGAGAGGAAGAAAAGAGGAACUGGGUCAUUUGCAUGGGCUCUCUAGACGGUUGCUGCAUUUCCUUCUGGGAAUUGUAUUUUUCGCUGCUACACUUCUGCCUCUGCCGGGAUCUGUGCCGUCCUAAAUUUACAACGCCUCAUGUUUCCUGCGUUAUUCUGCUUUGUUUUUCAUUUUGUUUCUUGAAAGCUGCUGGACAUUUGCCCGUGGGUUGGACUAGAUGACCCUCCCAGCCUCAGCCCGCCGCUGACAGCCCCCUCCUGCUUCAUGCCAAGCGCAGUAUAUAACACAAAAGUUUAGAGGCACAUCUUGUACAUAGAGACUGCAGUUCGGGUAGCAGCCAGCAGGAGGCGACAAAGACACCCACGGGAACAGGAAGCUUUGGUGGAUCCCGCCCAUUCCAGCCAGUUGAGGGCCAAUGGGAUUCAAAGACGCUUCCCAUUGGCCGCGGAGAGCAAAAGGG